GAAAAAGCCGAGCGACGGAUGCAGUUGCCGGCAGCUGACGGCCAACGCCGAAAAUCAGUCUUUGCGCGUUUUCCAACUGCUCCGGUCCAGCGAACAGGCGACGCUCGAAUUUCGCACCGCAGACAUUGUCGAGAUUUGGCGAGUGCUAAGCAGUGUAUGGGAAGCUACCGUUGUUUACCACUCGACUCCACUCGAAAAUCAAAAGUGAAAUUAUUCGAAAAAUAUAUCAUAAGAUACAUGUACUUAGUUUCUGUGACUUGCCGCGAGUGUUGAAUUAUUUUUUGAGUGCUUUGUGCGGGUGCAGCGCACUGUUUCGGCUAUAUUUUGUUGGAGUUCAUUGUGUGAGUGCAAAUUAGGAAACGGAAAGUGCAGCCCUCCCUCCUCCAAAUACAACACACGUGCCAGUUUUCUCGGAGCCGUAGAGUUCGAGGCAAUUGAAUAAGCGAUCCACAAUCACGAGUCAAUGUGUGAAGGUACUAAUUGAUAUUUUUAAGGGCGAACAGCUAAAUGUAAUGAAUGGCAAAUAGUCCACGUGAUUGAGCUAAUUUCUCCAACCAACCUUAUUCGUCAAAUUCAUCGUCUACCCGCCUAAGCUUAUCUUUGCCAAAAACAUAAACAGCGAGUUUCCAUAGACGUUGAAGGUCUUCUUCUGAGCCUUCAAUUUGCAUCGCUUGGUGGAAGUUCCCCAGCUUAAUCUGCUCAGUUCUUUGGCGAGGCGGACUCUUCAGCGGCUGUGAAGGAGAGUAAUUGAUAAUAUUGAAUGCUGGCAGGACAUUGCCGAGUGAAAUCCAUUAGUUAACUGGCAAUACAUAAACCGGAGAGUAAAUAGAACACUUUGGUGGAUAACUGACCUAAAAGAAGGGAUAUGGUAACAGGAGGAUAUCCAGGCGAGUGCGACACGCUGAUUGAGACCGGGUGAACGAGACGAGGACAAACAGACGGCAGGCGAGAGGCGAGAGGUGCGGCAGCAGGAACUGCAACAAAGAGACAAGGGACUAUAAGGAAAAUGUGCCAAGGGAGGAAUUUAAGGACGUCAACAGCGCUGGUAAACUUAUUAGCGAAAUGCACGAAGUCAACAAACGGACAGGCGGCAGUCCUUGCAAAGGACGAGGAAUCGGAAAAUCGGGGAAACCUCGUGCCGCAAAAACAACGAGCUAAACGUCAAAACAAGCAGCAGCAACACACACAGCAGUACACGCAGAUGCUGCAGGAGCAGCAGCAACAUCAGGAGCAGCAUAAUCAGCGCCAGCAACAAGGACGUCAAAUAGAGCAAAUGGCAAUGGAGACAAAUGAAGAGGCGGCGGCUGCCAAGGAGCACGAACACCAGACCAAACCGACAGACUCCGAAUGCAAAGGCAAACACAAACACCAACGGAAUCGCAAUAAUGUUGCCGGCGUUCAGCAGCAUGUCCUGCGGUUGCAGUUGGAGCUGCAGUUGCUCCUGUGCGCCCUGUUGCCGACUGCCUUGCUGCUGGGGCUGCUGCCCCUGCCACCUGGCGCCGCAGCCACGGCCAGGAUUUCCAGUGCCAAAGGCCCUGCACGUGAGCUCCUCUUAACCGAGAUGGGCGGAGGAGGAGUCGGGGUCGGAGUUGGCGGCUCCUCCGGCGGAGCAGCACACCCGGCGGGCGGUGGCCCUGGCACAGGACUCGCCGGGGGAGACGGAGGAGGUGCGGCUGGCAUCGAGUGCCCCAGCUUCGACAACACCGCCUGUCCCUGCUACAAGUUCGAGGAUGGACUUUUCCUGGAGUGUCCCGGCACGACGGCGAUAUCGCUGCGCUCAACCCUCGAGCGAAUAUCGGCGCCGAUCCACUCGCUGUCCAUCUACGACUUCGACCGCUCGGUGACGUCACUAUCGCAGGACGUCUUCCAGCCGGGCGUCCAUAUCAGGCACCUGCAGUUCUCCCACUCGCACCUAGAGGCGCUCAAGGACAACAGCCUGCGCAACGUCCGCUCGAGCCUGGAGUCGCUCAGCAUUGUUAAUGGGAAACUAACGCAGAUGCCAUCUCGAGCUCUGAGCUCGAUGCAAAAGCUGACGGCCCUUGAUUUCGACUACAACGAGAUCGUGCGGGUGGACGACUAUAGCUUUUACGGGCUGCGGAUCUCCAAGCUUAAUAUGAAGGGCAACCGGCUGCAGGGAAUGCCGGAGCACGCCUUUGCCGGGCUGGAGGAGUGCAUGCAGGAGAUAGACGUCUCAGAGAACGGCCUGCGCACCUUUCCACUGAUGGCUCUCCGAAAACUGGACCACCUGCGAAUUUUGAGGCUCUCAAACAACCGGAUACCCACCUUCUACGGGGACAUCCAGUUGGCCACCAACAAUGCGUCGGCAGCGGCGGCUGCAGUAGGUGCGUUUCAGUUGCCUUCCUUAAUUUUUCUGGACCUGAGCUCCAAUCAGUUUGCCGAAAUCGGACCCGACUGCUUCAGGGCCUUUCCCCAGCUAAAAACUCUCUCCUUCUACGCCAAUCAGAUAGAGUUGGUCCAACCGGAGGCUUUUAAGAGCCUGCGUGAGCUAAUGUCCCUGGACAUGUCACACAACAGGAUUAUAGGAUUAGAUCCCAAGGUAUUCGAGAAGAACAAGAGAUUGCAAACGGUGGAUCUUAGCCACAAUCAUAUACACACUAUUGGUGGGGUGUUUUCGGACUUACCUCAAUUAAGAGAGGUCUUUCUGAGUGAGAACAACAUCCUGGAGCUGCCGGCAGAUGCGUUUACCAACUCCACAAAUGUCGAUGUCAUUUACCUGGAGUCCAAUGCCAUAGCCCACAUAGAUCCCAAUGUUUUCAGCACCCUGGUUAACCUAGAUCACCUGUACUUGAGGUCAAACUUUAUACCCCUCUUACCUGUGACCCUGUUUGACAAGAGCACCAAGCUUACAUCCCUGUCCUUGGACAACAAUGAGAUCCAGGAUCUGGAGAUAGGCAUGUUCCGGAAGUUAGAGCACCUGAGGGAGGUGAGACUGCACAACAAUCGCAUCCGUCGGGUAAGAAGGGGCGUGUUUGAGCCCCUGCCCUCCCUUCAGGAGUUGCACAUCCAGAAGAACAGUAUUGAGGAUAUCGAACCGCGGGCGUUUCACACCUUGGAAAAUAUGCAGCACAUUAAUCUUCAGGAUAAUCAACUAACUGUACUCGAAGAUAUCUUUCCAGAUGAAAAUUCCUCUUUACUCUCUGUGCAGCUAGAAGCCAACUACCUGCACAAAGUUCACCCCCGCACAUUUCGUCGGCAGCAGAAGGUGCAAAUUAUGUGGCUAAAAGACAAUCAGUUGACCAGAGUGGAAAGGUCUUUCUUCGCUGAUACGCCUCAAUUGGGUAGGUUGUAUCUGAGCGACAAUAAAAUAAGAGAUAUAGAAAAGGACACUUUUGUAAACCUCUUACUACUGCAAUUUCUUGACUUGAGUGGCAAUCAACUGAGACAACUGAGAAGGGACUAUUUCGCACCGCUUCAGGAUCUCGAGGAACUAAGUCUAGCCCGAAAUCACAUAGAGGCCAUUGAAGGUUAUGCUUUUGCCAAGCUUAAGAAUCUGAAGUCUCUGGAUCUUUCUCACAAUCCGCUGGUGCAACUAACCCGGGAUAUUUUCAGCGAUGAAUUGCCUUUAAACUCUCUAAAUUUGGGAAAUUGUUCUCUAAGAAAACUGGACCAACAUGCGUUUAAAUCACUGACCAACCUUAAUGAGCUGAAUCUGGAAAGAAACCAACUGAAUCCAGCGGAUAUUCAAACGCUAGAUAUACCAAAUCUCAGAAGACUUCUUUUGAGCCAUAACAACUUCAGCUAUGUCGGAUCUGUUGGCAUCAUGGCUGGAAUGUUGGAUAGACUCCGCUCUCUGCAGCAUCUUUCCAUGUCUAAUUGUAGUUUGGGGCAAAUACCCGAUUUGCUCUUUGCCAAAAACACAAAUUUGGUAAGACUAGACCUGUGUGACAACCGGCUGACCCAGAUGAAUCGGAAUAUCUUCAGUGGCCUUAAUGUGUUUAAGGAACUGAAGCUUUGCAGAAAUGAACUUUCCGAUUUUCCGCAUAUAGCCCUCUAUAAUCUCAGCACUCUGGAAAGCCUGGACCUUGCCCGAAACCAUUUGUCUUCGAUUGAUUUCUUCAAGCUAAGCGGAACCUUAAAUCUUAGGCAACUAAUCCUGAGAGACAAUAAGAUUACCGCCUUGAGUGGCUUUAAUGCCGUUAACCUAACCCAGUUGGACAGCGUGGACUUGAGUGGCAACCUGCUGCUCUCCUUGCCGGCAAACUUCUUGCGUCAUUCGAUCAAUUUGCAGAAGGUUGACUUGUCCAGCAAUCGAUUCCUGCAAAUACCCUCAUCAGCUUUGUCGGAUGUUUCCAUACCACGACUCUCAUGGUUGAACUUGACGGGCAACCCUAUUAACCGGAUUUAUACUGUGAAGGAAGAGCGGUAUCCCUACCUAAAGGAACUCUACAUCUGUCAGACGAACCUUUCCAUACUCACCUCCAAGGAUUUCGAGGCCUUUCAGGCGUUGCAACACCUCCAUUUGGUGAACAACAGAAUUACAAGAAUUUCUCCGGGCGCCUUUAAAUCUCUGACCAAUCUCCUCACACUGGACUUGAGUGUCAAUGAGUUGGAAAUGCUGCCCAAAGAGCGAUUGCAAGGACUUCGACUGCUACGUUUCCUCAAUAUUUCGCAUAAUACCCUCAAGGAUCUAGAGGAGUUUAGCGUCGAUCUCUCGGAGAUGCAAACUCUGGACCUGAGCUUUAACCAGCUGGAUCGUAUUUCAAAGAAGACCUUUAGAAAUCUCCACGGUCUGCUGGAACUGCUACUUAUGGGCAAUCGAAUGACAGUUCUAUCAAACGACGCCUUCCGGUUCUUAAGGAAACUCCAUGUUCUGGAUCUGCGUAAAAAUUAUUUCGAGCUGGUGCCGUUGGAUCCACUAAGGCCCCUGGAAACCAAUUUAAGAACCCUAAGGCUGGAGGAGAAUCCACUGCAUUGCAGCUGUGACGCUCAGAAGCUCUGGGAAUGGCUGCGGGAUCACCGUAAAUGGUCGCUUAUCACGGGCUCUGGCGCAGGAGGAGGAACAGGAGGACUGACCGGAGGUCUGGGCGGGGACUCCAUUAAUUACCUAAGGUGCGAACACCCAACGGAGCUGCGGGGCAAGGUGUUCGGCCGGAUGGAGCCGCAGCAGUUUUGCGACGCGCCGCUAAUACCCAAAAUGGCCAUCCAGGACAUUCAGCCCUACUCGGUGGUCGUGUCCUGGCAGGGCCGCGACCAUUUGGGCCUCAAUGGUUUCGAAAUUGUUUAUCACGCCACUGGCGACGGCCUCGUUCCGGCCGGAUCUCCAACGAACCGUGAGCGGGACAGUCACGACCCGGAUAGGCAGCGAAGUCGGGACCAGGAGCAGCGUGCACGAGAGCGAGAUCGCGAAAGGGAACGGGACAGAGAGCGGUUCCCCGUCGCCACCGAUGAGAUCCAUGCCAAGCGGCUAAAUGGGACGGCCAGCUCGACCAAGCUAACCAAGCUGAGCCCCAAUACCCGCUAUCACAUCUGUGUCAUCGGGAGCGGUAAUUGGCUCUCGGAGCCGCUGGCGAACGCUCUGCAACGGCUCCAUGCCAACGAUUCCUUGCGCGAGGAGGAGGCGGUGAUGAUGUCGGCGGCGCUGCCGGAGUCAUUUUCGCCUUAUCAGCAUCAGCACAACCGGAACUCCAAUGGUAACGCUAAUCCAGCCAUAGUCCAGGAUCACAACAAGAACCAAAAUCCUGACCAGGACCUGGACAACGUCGUCGGUCAGGACAACGCUCUGAUGCAGGUGCUGAAGAACUCUCACAUCUCCGCCUGCACAGAUGUCCAGACACUGGACUCCACGCCCAGCUUGGUCACCGAUGAGAACGGGCUUUCCAGCAAUGGCUUCAUUCACACCAUCCUGACCAGAAGGUUGGGCCUGAUUGUGGGCUGCUGCCUGGGCAUCAUAGUGUUCAUCGUAAUGAUCUCGGUUUUGAGUUAUGUCAAGCUGAAGAAGAAGCGCACCGAAAACGCCAAGCGGCAGGCUGCCUUGCCGCCGGAGUACAUAUCCUACCGGCACUUCUCCAUACCCAAUGAGGAGCUGACCAGGACCGCUGCUAAUGCAGGAGCAGUAGCGGCAGCAGCGAGGGCCGCGUCAGCAGCCGCUGCGAAUAAUUCGAAUAACUCGAAUAAUUCGACCGACGCCGGUAGCUCUCCCCACAUGUCCAGUGUGCCCAGCGGCAUUAGUGCCCACAUUAGCGGGACCAGCCUUAGCACAGGUGGCACGGGCACCGGCUCCACAACCACCACACCCAUCGGAGGCGUACCAAUUGGUGGCUUGCCUCUGGGCAAGGCGGGAAGUCCCCUUGUGGGCGUGGGUUUGGUGGUGGCCGACUCCUCUGUGGACGUAGGUUACGCCCACAGCCACGCCCAUGCCCAUGCCCACCGGCAGAAUAACGGUUACAUGGCAGCGGGCGUGGUGCUCAAUACAAACCACUUGAGCGUGUGUUAGUCGCACCACCAGAAGGGUUAAGUAAAUACUAGAAGCGUGGGUGCACGUGCCGAGUUGGGGGGUCCUACAUUUCGAAAGGAUAUUUUUUGCAUUUCAAUCAAUUCUACAUUCAUCUUUAAAACUCUUUAAAACAACAACAACAAACUCUUUAAAAGUAGAGGGUAACAAAAGUUAAUACAGCUUUUUUCCAACGACUGUCUUUCAGUUCGUUUCAUUUAAGAGCAGAGAGGAGUCCAUGGAACAAACAAAUGUGAAUGUUACAUUAUUAAUUUCUACUUCUAAAUAUUAUAGGAAACUUGCUUAAUUCGGCUAACGAGAAUUAAAAGGCAACUUACAAUCUUGACAUAAAUACAUGAAUUGGGUGUGUGUAGUACUUUACAAAACAUUAAUGUCAGUACAUCGGAUCUGAACUGAAAAUACCGAACAAUAAUCGCUCACCCAUUCGAGAAUAAAUGGAUGGAUAAAUGGAUAAAAGGAUCUGCCGCAUAUGCAGGCUGCAUGUUUUUACAUUGAACACCCAAAUUCGCGCUUUAUAAUUAAAUGUAUAGCGUGAUUUAUUGGAAUUUUAAGUGAAUUCAUCUACUUCGGCACCCCUUUCAAUUGAAAUCUGAAAGCCCUAAAAAAGCGAGCAAAAACUAGCAUAUUUCAUAUUCCAAAUGGAAUCAAAAACGUUUACCAAUUACCAAGAGCAAGCGCAAAGCCGUUUUAUGAUUUUCAAUGUGCCCAACAUGCAUUUAAUUUACAAUUGAAAGUCCCGAAAAGACGCAAAAAAAUAACAUAGAAAAAUUAAGAAAAUCUAGGUUAGUGAUAAUUAUGAAGAUGCGUUCAACGUUUUAUGACAAUUUAGUUAUGACAAUUGAUGGUAGAGCAGAAUGCGAAAAUCGAAAGGCAAUGUGGAUUUUUCAAUGUAAAUAAAGUGGAAUCAAAGCGAAAUCUCAGCCGUAAACGUUGCAUCCAAAUCAAAUUAAGCUCUAAAUAAUGCUAUCUAUAGGAAGUACACACAAGGCCCGUAAAAAUAUAAUUAUACAUAACUGUAAUGGAAAGCACACAUGCAGAAAAUUUUUUUGAACUAGAAUUAGCGAAUGGAUAGUGGAUGAGCGAUUUUUGUGUUUUUUUUUAACCGAACGCUGAGAAAUCAAGGAUAAACUAGUUAUAAAAAAUAAUUAAAAGCGGCAAGACAUAUUACCAAAAGUAGCUAAAUAACUAUAAAAACAUAAAUAGUAAUAUUAAUUAGUUUAAGUGCAGGCCCCAAAGUAUGGAUAAUUGUUAGCAGAACUCAAAGAGUUUCAUAUACAUACAUUUUUUCUCAUAGUUAACUAUAUGGUUUUCCUAAUUUCGAUUCGAAAAGAAAUUAAAUAUGCAUAAAAAACAAAGAAUUUCUAGAAAAUUAAGCAACCGAUUCAAGUGAAAUGAAAUCAAAACACCAGACAAAAACACAUUCACACACCGAAACAAAGAGCUAAGGCGAAGAGACUCUUGCGAGACGUCUUCAUCAUCGGUCCCCAAUUCUUCCUGUGUAAGCUUCUGUGUGUCUGGACUUCUCAAAUAUUUUAAUAUUGUUAUAUGCGAGAUACAACAAAUGUAGUAUGCAUGCAUGAAACUUAGGAAGCAAACAAUAACAAUACCCAGAGGAAUACUCGUAAGAACACAACAUGCAAAUCAAAAUCAAAAAAUCAAACUUAAGACAACACAAAACAACACGAAACGAAAAUGAAAAGGAAAUAUAAAAUUAAACAACGCUUUGUUCUGCUCUGCAAAAAGUCAGCACAUAACGAUGCAUUCGUUACCAUGCAAAAAGCCCCUUUCUUCGAUUCUUGUUCAAUUGUAGGGACUAAAAAGCGGAAACACAAAACACACACAAUGCAGAGGUAAAAAAUAAACAAAUAUACAGCAAACAUACAAUAAAUGUAAUAAAUUAAAACGCAAAAAAACCCAAAAUAUUGUAUGGCAUGCAACACAAAGUAUAAAUAUUAAUAAAUGACAAGAAACUUUCAAACAAAAGCGAAAACGGGUUUUCAUUUGAUUACAGCUGAUAUUUGCACUCUGCCUUAAAUAUCCAGUCGUGUUCUGCUUUUAACCAUGGCCAACAUGGUGCAGUUUGCCAAAUUGCGAACACAAAUGCUUAUCUAUAUUUAUAUCCUUAUUUUUUAUAUCUAUAUGCAUAUAUAUUUUAGAAAAAUUAGACGCUAGGCAGGAAAGUGCAAACCGUGCGUAUGGACAAUGUGUUAAAGGUUUGUGAAAACAAUGUAACUUUAUUUGCAAUUUGUGAUUUAUAAUUUUCUUGUUACCAACUGUUUCAAAAUGAAGUAGUUUCCCGGUUUUUAUUCGUGCAUUUUUUGUAAAAUACAAAAAAAUAUCAAAAAUAGCGCAGAAAUUCGGUCUACGCGGUAUGUGGACUUCGGCUUCGGCUUUGAAUUGUUUUUAUUGCAAUUCCAUUAAAAUUUCAUAAAACGUCUUAUUUAGGUAUUUUGAAUGUAUUGUAGAAAAAUGCAUGCUCCCGAGUGUGGGAUUGGUGUUCUAAAAAAUAUUUAUAUAUAUAUAUUUUCAAGUGUUUUUGAACAGGGUGGAGUUGUGUAAGUGACGUUAUGUGUGUCGCCACUUGCAACGUACAUACAUACAUACAUAUGUCCUUUCCAGGCUACUAUACAUUUUUUAAACGCUUCUUGGUAUAUAUGUAAAUAUAUCUUGUGUGCUAGGUUUUUUGAUUUUUUUUAAGCCCGUUUCUACUGAAGUAAGUCUUUCAGUUCUAAGGCUAUCUGUAUAUGAAACUUACUCAAAAGUCUUCUUUCAAUUGUGGAAAUAUAUUUACAAAUGCAAAAUGCGUAAGAGAAUAAUCGGAAAUUGGUUAACAAAGUACGUUUCAUGUAUUAGAUUAGAGAAGAUAAUAAUUUGAAAAAGGACAUUAGUGAGAGUACGAAAUAGGAAUUUUAACAUACUUUUCGCAUAUCGAAAGAAUCAAAUAAAGCGUGGACUUGGCAACCAUCUGACACAAAUUUAAAGCCUACCCAUUUCAUACUUUUCAACGCACAAACCUGUUACUUUAGUAAAUAAGAUAAUAAAAGUAUUAUAUCUUGAGUUUAAUGUCAAAAAUCGUCAAUUACCCAGUGCUGCAUAGGCACUUAUGAAGUAUGAACCCUCAGCUGGAAAAAGUUUGUCUAAAGGGCCUUCAAAUCGAAAUUUAUGACAUACAUUUGUACAUGAAACGUAUGUUUUGUCAUGUGGCCAUUUAUUGUCCACGUCUCGCCACUUGCAACGUACAUACAUACAUAUGUCCUUUCCACGCUACUAUACAUUUUUUCUAAAGCUCUUUUCCAGCAAAAUUGGCUUUUUGUUCUACUCUUUUCGACCCGAAAAAAUACCUUUUUUGUUUUGCAACUUUUAUGUAUUUUUUGUGUAAAGAGCUGGGGGAAAUGCGCAAAAACUAGAGGGAAAAAUUGAGCUGUCAUCAGCCAUAAAAAUAUGUGUGUAUAACAAACGGAAUGACACUUGAAAUGGUGUUCCACAGAGGGAAAGCAUAAAAGGUGAGGUUAUUCGCAAACAAAGUUCGAAUUCCAGAAAGCCAAUUCUUUUGCAAUGACGAGGUCGGAAUCUCUUUGACUAUUCCGCAAAAGAAUAUACAGAUUAGGUAAUUUUAAACACGAUAUAUCAACAGGCAGUACUAUGUUUCAAAAGUGUUUGAAUGCUAAUUUCACAACUUAAUAAAUUGGUUUUUUAAUUUAAGUUUCCAUAAUUAAUUUGUAAACUCUAGUAAAGCUCUGCAGAUAUGUAUUUAUAAAGAGUUACUACAUAUUUGCAAAUAUUAUAACAUGUAGAGGCUCAGCUUUAUACCCAAAGGUUGUUUAAAGGUUACUAACUAACUAAGUUAUUUGAUUUACCACUUGAAUUGCAGCGAGGUUCCAGAGUUACAUUUUACAGUUUCACUCUUCCAGCCUGAAUACAUUCACAUCUUCGUGCCAUAAAACGCUGAUAAUGCACCUACAAUUUGGUACUUUUCAUGAAAUGAAUAGCGUGUAAACAAUAAUAUACGUUCUUAUGUGUAUAUUCGAGGCUCGCAAAAUUUCGAUUGAGAAAUCCGUUUAAAUCACAAAGUUCGCCAAUUUUCGACUUUAUUUCUGUCACCGCUGCCAUCGAGCGAGUACUUUGAACGCUUCAUUGAUUUAAUGGAAAAACUUUUCGCUCCGUAUUGCUUCUUGUUUGUUUUCCUUUCCGUUGCUUACAAAUGCUCUUUUUAUACGUACAUAUGUACAUAUAUUAUAUGAAUACGAAUAUCCACGUGAACUUAUAAACGUAUGUACAUAUGUGGUGGGCCAACAUAUCGCCACCCAUAAAUCGAAUCGAAUCGCGUUCGCCUGGACCAAGGCUAUCAUAAAAAAAGUAAAAUACUGGCUAUUGUUGGAGCAGUAGUACAUAUCUAUGAUGGGCAGCCAGAAGUCCAUACGUUUUUUGCGCUGCUGUUCAUAGUAAUUUUCAAUAGUUUUGCGGGUUCAUGUGAGAAAAAUGGGUUUCCCUGCUGUUUGCAUACAGUACAACUUUUUAAAUUGGCAAGUGUUCUUUUUCGUGAUUCGCUUCACAUAUAUACAUAAGUAUGUAUGUACAUAUGUAUGUACAUACAUAAAAUCAUAAAUAUGAUUACAAAAUAUAUAGUAACAUAUCUACACCCACAACUCCCCAAUCACAACCACACACACUAUUGUAAACAAUCACACACACACAUUAAUCUCUAAGUACGAAAUGUAUUCAAAGAUCGAGAGCCCUUCGAUUAUGCUUAGCUUUCAUCUACGCGCAGCAAAGUGCAAAAGUCCGAAGUCCAAAGUCUAGACUCUGGGGCGAGCCAAUGUCCACGUCCCCUAAACAUUCGAUCACUUGGCGAGCCAACUGAAAUAACAAAAACUUCCGCCCACACAAUCGUCUCAGGAUUCUCAAAUUACUCCUAUUUUUCGGGGCUCCUCUCUUAACGGGAGAAUAGACACCUCUCUUUCCGGGAGAAUAAACGUUGAUAACCUUAUUCUCUUAAACUUCGCUCUUAAGCUAUCCCAAUCCGCCUAUAUAAACCCAAUCAUGUCCCCAUACAUCAGUUCAGUUCUGAGUACGUUAUCAAUCGCGAUAACACUGCUAAGCCCACUUCAACCUCGAAGUCCAUUAUCCAACCUAGUGAUAAUCCAAAGGCUCUAGUUCUUCCUUUACUGGAAAUAAUAAAACGUUUAAUAAUAAAUAAAAUAA